UUCAGCCCCAUUCCACCAUUAGCAUCAGCGCUCUCACUCUCAACUCUCAAGUGGCAGCGGCACCAUAUGCAGAGGCAGAGCAGCUAGCAGCUAGCCAAACGCAAACUCGUCGCUAAGAGAACGUAAGGCGUAGCUGCAGAGGAAGGUCGUCGACGAACAGAUCAUCCAUCAGGCAGAGGAAAAAGUCGAGUUAUCAAGCCACCACCAAGGAAAUCUCACCCGGCCGAACUGUUCGGACGAUGGAGGCUGUACAAGUAGAAUCCAAAGGCUCGCACGGCGGCGACGAGACGUCGUCGUCGAAGAAGAAGAAGGAUCGCCGGAGCUCGUGGGGCUGCGCUUUCCUCCUCGUGAACAACUGCUUCCAGUACACGGCCUACUUCGGCGUGUCGACGAACCUGGUGAACUACCUCAAGGUCCAGCUGCACUCCGGCAGCAAGGCCGCUGCCAACAGCGUCACCAACUGGCAGGGCACCGCCUCCAUCACGCCGCUCGCCGCCGCCUUCCUCGCCGACUCCUUCCUCGGCAGAUACUGGACCAUCACCGUCUUCCUCCUCAUCUCAGUCGCGGGGUAUGGUGUCGUGACGGCGAGCGCGUCGGCGGCGCUGGAGAGCGCGGUGUUGUUCUACGCGGGGCUGUACCUGGUGGCGCUGGGCGGCGCGCUGCAGCCGGUGCUGUCGUCGUUCGGGGCCGACCAGUUCGACGUGGAGGCCGACGAGGAGGAGCGCGGGCGGCAGAGCUCCUUCUUCAACUGGUUCUACCUGACCAUCAACGUAGGGUCGCUGGUCGGCGGCACCGUGCUGGUGUGGGUGCAGUCCGCCCACGGCUGGCGGCUAGGCUACGGCAUCCCGGCGCUCCUGAGCGUGGUCGCCGUCGCGCUGUUCCUGGCCGGCACCGGCGCGUACCGCAGCCACCAGCCCCCCGGUGGCAGCCCGCUCACCAGGAUCGCGCAGGUGGUGGUCGCCGCCGCCAGGAAGUGCGACGUGGAGGCGCCCACCGACGCCGCGCUGCUGCACGAGCUUGACGGCGACGACGGCAUGUCGGCGAUACUGGGGAGCCGCCGCCUCGCGCACACCGACCAGUUCAGGUUCUUAGACAAGGCGGCGGCGGAGACGGCGGACGACAAGGCGCGGCCGGCGAGCCCGUGGCGGCUGUGCACCGUGACGCAGGUGGAGGAGCUCAAGUGUGUGCUCCGACUGCUGCCGGUGUGGGCGUGCGGCAUCAUCUUCGCGGCCGCCUACACGCAGAUGACCACCACCUUCAUCCUCCAGGGUGACACGCUGGACCCGCGCGUCGGCAGCUUCCGCGUGCCCCCCGCCGUGCUCACCGUCUUCGACACCCUCAGCGUCAUGCUCUGGGUGCCGCUCUACGACCGCGCCGUCGUGCCGCUCGCGCGCCGCCUCACGGGCCACCACCGCGGGUUCACGCAGCUGGCGCGCAUGGGUGUGGGCUUCGUCAUCCUCACUGUUGCCAUGCUCGCCGCCGGCACGCUCGAGGUGGCACGGCGCCGCGUCGUCACGCGCCACGGCACCUACACCGGCGAGGACGGCGCGGGGUACGUGCCGAUGUCGAUCUUCUGGCAGGUGCCGCAGUACGUGGUGGUGGGUGCCGCAGAGGUGUUCACGUUCAUCGGGCAGAUGGAGUUCUUCUAUGACCAGGCGCCGGACGCCAUGCGGAGCGUCUGCUCGGGGCUCUCCAGCGCGGCGUUUGCGCUGGGCAACUACGCGAGCUCGGCGCUCGUGGCCGUCGUGGUGCGCGCGACGACGAGGGGCGGGCGGCCCGGGUGGAUCCCCGACGAUAUCAACGACCGCCAUCUGGACUACUUUUUCUGGCUGCUCGCCAUGCUCUGCAUCGGCAACUUCGGCGCGUACCUGCUCGUCGCACGGUGGUAUAUCUACAAGAAGACCGCUGACUGAACCUGGAGAUCACAGUAAUGUAAUGUAACGUACGUGCUAGGUGUACUUCUCUAAUGCAAUGAAGUUGUAAUUGGGAAAGCCACCUUUGAUGCCGCAAAUCUCGGGGGAACUCUGCUCAAAGAAGAAUCAGAAUCGUUGGCCUAGAAAAAGCAGUUUGUCUAAUUCA